ACUCUCUAGAGGAUCUUCUUAGUGGAAACACAACCCUCUUUUCCAUAGCUAAAAAGCUUAAAUAACCUUUCCUUCCCUUUCCUUUUCUCUCUUUUCCCUCCUUCGAUUCCCAAACCCUAAUUCCCAUGCCAGAAACAACAACAUAGAUCCUUCUAUCGUCCACUUCUCACCUCGGAAUCUGGAAGCUUCUUCUCCAACUCUAUGUGAAAGAAAAAAAAAGGGAAGAUCCAUCCAUCAGCUCUUUAAUUAGCUUCUCAUAUGGCAGCCGUUCACGCGCGUGCUACUCACGAGUCUGUCUUCCCAACAACACCAUUCUGAGAGAAGGUCCAUAUCUAUGUUUCUGUUGUCAAGUUUUCCAAGAAUAUAUAUCUUCUUGUUGCAACUAUCACCAUCCAUCCUUUGCAUGCAAUCAUCAGAUUUGAAGCUGAUCUUCAGCUCCAGGGACAAAACUGCUGGACCGUCUGCUUCAAUCCUUUUGUGAAUUGAAUCGGGUUAAUUUCGGGGUAAUCUUCUUUCUAGUUUUCUUUUCUUGCGUUUUUUUGUUUUUCAUCUAUGGAUUCAAGUGGAAGCAUGCAAUCUUCAAGUGGCGGUGACGAAGAGUAUGACUCAUCCCGGCCGGACCAUAAUUCAGUCCCAGCUUUUUUAAACAACUUUAAUCCUAUAUCAAAUUUCCACCACCAACCCACUUUCUUUGAUCCUUCCUCUAAUUUCCACAAUCCCUUUUCUCAAUCCCAACCUAAUCCAAACCCCAAUCCAUCUUUUCUCAAUAUGGACACGGUUCGGCCUAGAAACUUGAGAUCGGAAGCUGAUAUGGGUACCCUUCCUGGUCCAUCAUCAUCGAACCAGGCUGGCUUACUAGGUUCACAGAAAGAUCGGACUACAGGUCCUGUGAAGAACCCCAAGAAGAGAACUAGAGCAUCAAGGAGAGCUCCCACUACGGUUCUUACCACAGACACAUCAAAUUUCAGAGCAAUGGUGCAGGAAUUUACGGGAAUCCCAUCACCGCCAUUCUCUGGCUCCGCCUAUUCUCGCCGGCUGGAUCUUUUUAGCACUGCAGGUGCAGCCAUGCGGUCUGCUCAUCUGGACCCACUAGCUAGUCUCUACCCUUUACGUCCCCUGGCUCAAAGAGUUCAAGUUCCACCAACACCAUCUCCAUUGUUGCAUAAUCCCACUUCAGCAGACGCUACAACUACUAACACCAAUAUAAUAUCCGCAACAAACACUUUCAGUGCCCACCAAAAUUUACUAAACAUGACGGCCGGCCAGAACCCAGUUCUUUCAUUCCAGUCUCUUCUUCAGCCGCAGCCGCCACUGCCUGCUCCUCUCCACCACCCUAAUGUGGCAGAUUUUGGUGUCAAGUCACAACCUGGUUCAGCCAUGGCUUCGCUGGAGGCCGGUUUGGGGUUAAGUCAGGGACAUGUUAAUGCCAACUUUGGUCAAGAUCAGUUGAGGCCUUUGGAUGGGAACUAUGGUGCUUUACAAAGGGUUAGCAGUAGCAGCUGCAAAGUGAAUUAUUCCUCGGCUUCGUCAUCGGAUUUUCAUCACCAUGAUAAAGGUUUGGAGAAUGUUUCUUCCAGAGCUGAAGGUACGGUUGAUUCCUGGAUUUGCCCUUCCGAUCAUUAGACUUAUAUGAGCAAAAGGUGUAGAAAUUAGCAUGAAGAAAUAUAAUGUGAAGGGUGAAUUUUACAGCACUCAUCGUAUAAUUAUGUUUAUUUUAGAAAUGAAUAAUGAAUUAAUUAAGUGAAACUAA